CCUGCGCAUUCCCCAACACGGAAGCUGAGGUGUCACUGUUGUUUUGGAAGUUGACAGGCACGUGAGUGGUUGUCGUCAUUGACGGUAGGCGACAUGGCGGCUGAUACUUCCCAGAAGGUUUUAUUCGAACAGGAUGGCGUUUUCAUACAUUCAAACAGUAAUGAUGACUGCAUUGAACAAGAUCUACUAAUUUCUGGGUCCAUUCGAGUCGUCGACAAGGAUGGGGAGUUCCUUGUUGAAUACAGACCUUUGGAGGACUCGGUCGACCCAUCAAACAUGCUAUGUGCUGGCAAGGACUCCAGUUCUGUCAUGGAAUGGGGCCAGAGUGCAGAAGAGCGGCCGCACCAAGGGUUGGAGACUCAGCACAGCUAUGAGACAGAGUGGGAUAUGGUGAACGCUAUCUCCUUUAAGAAGAAGACCUUCUCCAAUGGAGAUGGUGCCCUGAACCACAGUCAGGAGAGGUACCGUUGGGCCUUUACCUUCAGCGUCACUGACCUGCGUACCAUCACAGUCAAAGUGGACAGCUGGUCCUCCCUCUUCUUCAAGCUAAAGGAUACCUCGAUCUCCCUGCCUACUCUCUACUUCCACCAGGGCGGUGUCUCAGAGUUCCUGGAUAGCCUUCGAAGAUGUGCCAUGCUAAGCGAGUCUCCAGAAGAUGAGAGCUGUCUGCUGGUCAGCACUGUCAACAAAACCCUGUCCCAGUCCUUCGAGAACCUGCUGGACGACAACAACUUUGGCCUUGUUCAUAAGCUGAAGAAGGACCCGUAUGUGACGACGCUGGGGGGAUUCUCCAAGGUCACCAACUACCUGUACGACGCCUUCCGCGGCGCCGAGGAGCAACAGCGGCCCCCCGAGGAGAGGGCGGACCUCCUGGGGGAGGUCAUCCCCGGGCUGGAGAUCAACCACCAGGAGGAGCCCGGCUUCGAGGUCAUCACCCGGGUCGACCUCGGAGUGCGGCCAGACGUCCAGCGGGGGGAGCCCCUGAGCCCGGAGCAGUGGGGGGGGCACCAGGACCCCGAGGGGAGGGUAGUCAACGUCCCUCAUCUCAAGCAAGUCAUCUUCAAAGGGGGUCUGUGUCACAUGUUGAGGAAGGAGGUCUGGAAGUUUCUGCUGGGAUAUUUCCCCUGGGACAGCACCCUGGAGGAGAGGAAGGCCGUGACCAGAGAUAAGACGGACGAGUACUUUAGGAUGAAGCUGCAGUGGAAGUCUGUGAGCGAGGAGCAGGAGAGGAGAAACUCGAAACUCAGAGACAACAGGAGUCUCAUCGAGAAGGACGUCAACAGAACGGACAGGACCAACCGGUUCUACGAGGGCAUUGACAACCCGGGCCUCGUCCUGCUCCACGACAUCCUCAUGACCUACUGCAUGUUCGACUUCGACCUGGGUUAUGUCCAGGGGAUGAGCGACCUUCUCUCUCCACUCCUGUUUGUGAUGGAGAACGAGGUUGAUGCCUUCUGGUGCUUUGUUUCCUUCAUGGACCAGAUGCACCAGAACUUUGAGGAGCAGAUGCAGGGCAUGAAGACCCAGUUGGUCCAGCUCAGUUCUCUGCUGAGACUGCUGGAUCUGAACUUCUGGAACUACCUGGAGUCCCAGGACUCGGGAUUCCUGUAUUUCUGUUUCCGCUGGUUGCUGAUCCGUUUUAAGCGGGAGCUGAGCUUCCCGGACGUCCUUCGGCUAUGGGAGGUCAUGUGGACGGGCCUGCCCUGCCAGAACCUCCACCUGCUGGUGUGCUGCUCCAUCCUAGACUCGGAGAAACAGAAGAUCAUGGAGGAGAACUAUGGCUUCAAUGAAAUCCUCAAGCAUGUUAAUGAACUCUCCAUGAAGCUGGACAUAGAAGAGAUUCUCCGUAAAGCAGAGGCCAUCUGCUUACAGAUCAAGGGUUGUAAGGAUCUGCCCCAUUCCGUCAGCGACAUCAUGGGAUUCAACACGGACGAAGAUGCCGCAGAGGCCCCCAGGUCAGAGGGCCCGGAGCCCGCCAAGAGGAGCCACUCCCCCUCGCCAAGCCCCUCCCACCGGGGGCUAGCCUUCUCCAACGGCCACGGACACUUGAGAGAGAGCUCUCAGAACGGCUGCAAAGUGUCCUUUGUGUCCUAGUGUACGGAGAGAGCUGAACCUCAGAGACUGGGGCCGUCCAGCGGGGAAGCCUUUCCCGACAGGGUCGAGCUGGCUGUCCCGGAAGAGGAACGCCACUCCAGCCGUCGCCUUGGGAUCAGGAGCCUUGAUGAUGAUGAUGAUGAUGAUGAUGAUGAUGAUGAUGAGAUGGAUGGAUGGAAUGUAAAAAAACAAACAAAAAAGGAUUUAAGAUAAUUAAGAAACCUUAUUUUUGUAAUUUCUUGUACCAUAUUGUCUUUUCAUUGAAGUAGUCCUUCCUGAUGGUAACUACGUUUUCUAAAGGUCGGCUGAGGUCACUCCCCCACGCUCAACCAUGCUCCGGUGAUUAAACGAUGGACUAAUCAUUUAUUACAUCAAUAAUCUAAACGCUGAGUGUAGGAUUUUGGGUAUGUUCUUUUUUGCAUCCAAUUUGGCAGCUGGUGUAUUGCUGUUUUUUUUAUUUUUCGAAUUGAGGUUAGGAACUGUUUGAAACUGUGACGUACAGUUUAUCAAUAUAUUCGCCCAAUGUAUUCGACAGCUUGUAUACCAGUUGGAGUCAGUAUUAAUGAGGAACAUCAGUUUCUCCUGCUGUGUGGAGUGCCACCGUAUGUUUAAAUGACCUCUGACCCCCACCAUCAGCCUUCACAUUACUCUGGACCAGCAUCGGUCCUCUGCUUCCAAAGCGAGUGUGCCAGUUCUUUAUUUAGAGUUAUUUUUUUAUUCUAACUCUGAAUCGCCCAUUUGUACCCAGAGAAAUCUGCUGCUCAAUAUAUCGGAAGUCGUUAUCAAUAUAUACUACAUUAAACUAACACCUCUUUUAAGGACUUAUUUUGCAAUUAGCCAAUUUCUCUAGAACUUACUUUCAAAAUUUGAAAGAUAUUAGAUAUUGAUUUUUCUAUAAAUGUAACUUGCAUAGAGGGUUUUUGAAUGAGCCAACGGAUUGAUUAAAUUGUUUUCACUUUGCUUUGCCAGCAGGAUGGAGUGAGUCUGGUUGACCAGCUUUGAAAUGAUGUGUCUUUAAAUGUCAUGGCCUGGAAAUGACACUAUGGGGCAAUAAAAAAAUAAAAAAUACUUCAAGGCA